AGUAGGCCAUGCCAUUCAUCACAGUGCGCGCGACCGUGUACGGUUCACGGCCGUUUUUCCGUCAAUCGAUUUCCGUAAACGAACAAUAAUAACAAUCAUUCUGAUAAUAAUAAAAAUCAUCACGAAGUAUCAUCCGUCAUCGAUCUAUUAUUGUUCUUCCUCUAAUUAUUACAAAAUUCUAUAACGCGCGUGGUGUGUAUUCGGGUUAUCAAUUUACGAUUUUAAGUUUUUUUUUAUUCCGACUACGGCGACAACAAAGUUUCGAAAUUGUGCCGAGACGCGUGACACCGGUUUCUUGAUCGUUGCUGCAACUGUAGUUGCAAUAACUUAAUGAUUGUAUACAUCAUUAUAACAAAAAAAAAAUGACUUACGACGAUCUAUUGCACAAAAUUGGAGAUUUUGGGAAGUACCAGAAAAGAAUUUACUUCUUCUUGUGUUUACCCGCAAUAUCGUGUGCUUUGCAUAAGUUAGCUGGAGUCUUUAUCCUAGCUAAAACGGAUCACAGAUGUCAACUUCCGGGAGAGCUCAACAAUGCUUCGUAUGCUUUGCCGAUCAAUAUCAUGAACAUGUCAUACCCAUUCGAUUAUAAGUUGGACCAUUUUUCUUCAUGUAAAAUGUACGACACGAAUUUCACGGAAACGUACUACUCGUCCAAUAUACCGGCGAACCAUAGCAUAAAUUGCCACAGGUGGAUAUACGACAGGGAGACAUUCCAAAACACCGCAGUGAUGGAGUUCGACUUGGUCUGUGAUAGAGCUUGGUACAAAGGUACAGCGGACUCUAUGCUCAUGGUCGGUGUCAUGUUGGGAUCGAUAAUAUUUGGAUACUUGUCGGACCGGAUCGGAAGAAAAAAUAUUUUUACAAUAUCUGUUUGGCUGCAGGGAAUCGCCGGUUGCGGUAUGGCAUUUACCCAAGAAUAUUGGAGUUUUACAUUUCUCAGAGUAUUGGUCGGAGCAUCUACUUCAGGGCUAUACCUAGCAGCUUAUGUCAUCGGUUUGGAAUUUGUCAGUCCUAAAUACCGAAUGGUGGUUGGCGUUGUCAUACAAAUGUUCUUUUCUGUUGGUUUCCUUUUAACAUCCGCAUUUGCAUAUGUUUUUCACAAUAAUUGGAGAUAUUUUCAGUUGGCUAUAACCAUACCGACUCUGUUCUACACGACCUAUCAUUGGUUUAUACCAGAAUCUGUGCGAUGGCUAUUGACCAACGGUAAACAGGAGAGAGCCGUAAAAAUUAUCCAGAAAGUGUGUAGAGUAAACGGUGUGGACAUUUCAGACAAAGACAUAGUUGAAAUAUUGGAAUGCGAUAUCGAGAAAAAGCCUAUAGUACAGGCCGAUGCUCAACCAAAAGCGUCAUUUUUUGAUCUAUUCAAACACCCAGUAAUUUUGAAGAGAUCUAUCAUUAUAAUGCUUUUGUGGUUUGUAAAUAGCACUGCCUACUAUGGUUUGUCUUGGAGUACUUCCAACCUUGGAGGAAAUCAAUAUUUGGUGUUCAAUUUAGCCGGUUUAGUCGAGUUUCCGGCUUAUACGUUUUUGUUAUUAACCCUCAACAAAUGGGGCAGGAAGAUAAAUAUAUCUGGGUUCCUAAUAUUAGCCGGAUUAGCACUUCUAGCAACACUAGCUGUACCCAAAACGAAUACAUGGUUGGUUAUAUUCUGUGCGAUGAUGGCUAAACUGGCCAUAACUGCUUCAUAUGGAGCCGUGUAUGUCUAUACCGCAGAACAGUUCCCGACCGUAGUGCGGAAUAUGGGCUUGGGGGUAGGAUCGUUUUUCGCUAGGAUCGGAGGAAUUGUGGCACCAUAUAUUAAUAACACGGCUGAAAUUUGGGUGAAUAUGCCUUUGGUUGUGUACGGUGGUCUAGCAUUGUUGGUUGGAGCGUGGUCGCUUGUAUUACCCGAAACGCUUAACAAAAAACUGCCAGACACCAUUGAAGAUCUCAUUGAUAUGUCAGAUAAGAAAUACAAGCCAGUGCUUACGAAUGAACCAGCAACAAAUGGUGACACGAACAAGGAUAAAGACAAGUAUUAAAGUAUUAUAUUAUGUAGGUAACAUUGAUAUUUUGUAUUUUUCCACUAUAAAUAAUAGUUACAUGUUUUAUGUUUUGUAAUAAUAUGUAUUAAUGUUUCGACUGCUAUUUUUUUAUAACUACUUAUUAUUAAUAUGAAAACUUAAACAUUGCUGUUUGUGCCCAUUUUGUACUACCUACCUAUGUUUUUUAUAACAUAUUUUUUUUUUUUUUACAAGACUAUUUUAAUUCUGUAUUUAGUGCAAACGGUUAUAAAUCCGUUGAUUUAAACGAAAAUAAAAAAAAUAAAUUACCUCUACUGGA